AUGUUUUUACAAAUAAUUGAAAAUAAAUCAUAUCUCACCACUUACCCUCAAAUACAUUCUAUUGAAUUAUCUUCAUUAUCACGUACUAAUGAAUUUUUAUCAUUAUCAUUUAUGAUCGAUUCAUCAUUCAAUCAUCUUGAAUCACUUGUUCUUUGGGAUGUUAAAUCCGACAUACUUAUGUCAAUCCUUAUCAAACUAUUAUCUUUAUCACGUCUUCAAUCAUUAACUAUUGAUAUGUUCGAUGCGUCAAUUAAUUUAACUGCUAUUUAUCAAUUAGUAUUCAAUUUAUCCAUGUUGAAAUAUUACAGAUUUUCAAUAAUCAAUACAGAUUUAUCAGUAUCAUUACCAACUGCUACUAAUCAACAACAAAGAUAA